GGCGGCCGCGAGGAAGCGGAGAAGCCGCCGGAGCCGGGGUCCGGGCCUCGCUGUGUGCUGACCGCGACCCGGGCCUGCCCUGGGCCGAGUGGGCUAUGGGGGAGCCCGACUCUUUGGUCACGGGAGACCGCGCCGGUGGCCGGAGCUGGUGCUUGCGGCGGGUUGGGAUGACCGCCGAGUGGCUGCUGCUGGAGGAUGGGAGCGAGGUGACUAUAGGGCGAGGAUUUGGUGUCACAUACCAGCUGGUAUCAAAAAGCUGCCCUCUGAUGAUUUCCCGAAACCACUGUGUUUUGAAGCAGAAUGCCGAAGGCCAGUGGACAAUUAUGGACAACAAGAGUCUGAAUGGUGUUUGGCUGAACAGAGAACGUCUGGAACCUUUAAAGGUCUGUUCCAUUCAUAAGGGAGACCACAUUCAGCUUGGGGUGCCUCUGGAAAAUAAGGAGAAUGCAGAGUACGAAUAUGAAGUUACCGAAGAAGACUGGGAGAGAAUAUAUCCCUGUCUUGCCCCAAAGAGUGGCCAGAUAAUGGAAAAAAACAAGGGCUUGAGAACGAAAAGGAAAUUGAGUUUGGAUGAAUUGGAUGGUCCUGGAGCUCAAGGCCCCUCAAAUUCAAAACCCAAAAUAAGUAAAGUAUUUUGUGAACCUGGUCAGCCAGUGAAGUCACGUGGGAAGGGUGAAGUGGCCAGUCAGCGCUCUGAAUAUUUGGAUCCUAAGUUGACUUCUGUUGAGCCCAGUGAGAAGACCACAGAAGCUCAUAUUUACCCCACCCCGCCAAAAGUUGUAGAGCUUCAUCAUAAGAAGCAGAAAGCCUCAAACUGUCCUGCGUCUCAGAGCAGCUUAGAGCUGUUUAAGGUAACCAUGUCUAGAAUUCUGAAGCUGAAGACCCAGAUGCAGGAAAAACAGAUAGCUGUUCUGAAUGUGAAAAAGCAGAACCAAAAGGAGAACUCAGAAAACAUUGUGAAAAUGGAGCAGGAACUACAGGAUUUACAGUCCCAGCUGUGUGCAGAACAGGCCCAGCAGCAGGCGAGAGUGGAGCAGCUAGAGAAGACUUUCCAGGAAGAAGAACAGCAUCUCCAGGGUUUGGAGAAAGAGCAAGGAGAAGAAGACCUGAAGCAACAGCUGGCCCAGGCUCUGCAGGAGCAUCGGUCUCUGAUGGAAGAGCUGAAUCGCAGCAGGAGGAACUUUGAAGCAAUCAUUCAAGCCAAGAACAAAGAACUGGAGCAGACCAAGGAAGAGAAGGAAAAGGUGCAAGCACAGAAAGAGGAAGUUCUUAACCACAUGAAUGACGUGCUAGAGAAUGAGCUCCAGUGUAUUAUUUGCUCCGAAUACUUCAUCGAGGCUGUCACCUUGAACUGUGCCCACAGUUUCUGCUCGUACUGUAUCAGUGAAUGGAUGAAGCGGAAGAUCGAGUGCCCCAUUUGUCGGAAGGACAUCACAUCGAAAACUCACUCCCUGGUUCUAGACAAUUGCAUUAGUAAGAUGGUAGAUAAUCUGAGCUCGGAAGUGAGAGAUCGACGAAUUGUCCUCAUUAGGGAACGAAAAGCAAAGAGCCUGUCCUGAAGACCAUGCUCCAGGGCAUGUGAAAGACUUCCAGGCAAUGGGAGCUUGGAAUCGGUCUGGAGGAUUCACUCUGGACAGGACUUGGGAUAUUCUGCAGGUCAUCUUGAGAAGCCAGGUGGGACAGGAGCUGAGUUAGCAAGUUCUCCGUUACAAGCCGUUGAUGUUGGCCUGCCCUGCUGCCAUCAUGUCUGAAGCCCCACCCGUACUUAAGCCCGCUGCUUAAGGGCACUUAAUAGACUGUUUCACUACAUGUUGAAUGGGUUAUUCUAGUUCUGUUUUUUAAAUUUGUUAUUGUUGUUGUUAUUAUUAUUAUUGCCUUGAUACCUCAGAAGCGUCUCCAUUUUGGACAGGUUGGUUGUACCCUUAUGGCUGCCCCCGAAAGCUAAGGUGGCCUCUGUUUUGAGAGGAUGGAAUACCUCUUUGUGAAAACAAGAUGUCAUUUCCUGGAAAUAAAAUGUAAAACCU